CUGAGAGAAAAGGGAGCCAGUCAGAGAAAAGACGACCUCAACCCUAUCGGAACAGGCAGCAGCUCUGGCAACCGCCGUCUCUUUGUUCUAAACUGGCUUCAAAAACAAAAACGCGAUAUCUAAAUAUUUUAUUCCUCAAUGCCAUCGCGAAAAUUCAACGAAAUGGACUCACUCGAGACUGAGUAUAUGGAUGCCUGUGAGGUUAAUGUAAAGAGAAGGAGGCAUGACAGCGAGCACUCUGACUCUAGUGGAUUGGGUUUCGACUGCUCUGGUCUGGAGUACACUGACCUGGAAGCAGCGGAGGCUCUGGUGUGCAUGAGCUGUUGGGGCACAGAUCUUUUCUAUAACCGCAAAAAGCCAAAGCCAAAGACCUGCAAACCAAGACCCCUAACCCCAGCUUCAGACUCCGGUGACUCCCUCCCACCAUCAGAACUUCCAGACCCCCCAAAGGACUUUGUGUCCUUCUCCUCCCUGUGUAUGACCCCGCCCCACAGUCCCAGCUUUGUUGAAACAUCAUCAGGCACUGCGUCGCAGUCAGGUUCUGGCUCGGUCGCAUCCACUCAGCAACCUGUCCUGGCAACCGUUGCUGAAAAGACCCCCUCUCUCCCCCUCACACAGCCCUGCAGAGCAAUGGCGACAAGUGUGAUCCGCCACACUGCGGACAGAACCCUCUGCCAGCACCACAUUCCAGUGGCCCCCAAUCCAGAGAAAGCUAGGGACUUGGCAACAGCUACUACAAUGGUCUCCCAGCAGCGGGAGCAGCAGUGCAUCACAAACACAGAGCAGAUAACCACACCUCCAUCCCCUCCUGCUUCUCUCAUACCUUCAAAAACAGAGCAGCCACCCAGUCCCCCCAAAUCCUGUUUGGACAAUGUCCCCACCCUAACUCCUGUCAACAGCCAACCGCAAAAUAGCCCACCCUCUCCCCCUGUUCCCACAACUGUGUCCCCUCCUCCAGUUGCAAGCCCUCAAAUCAUCUGCCAGAUGUUCCCUGUCAGCAGCCAAUCGGGUAUAAUCUCAGCCUUCAUCCCCAGUGCGGUUCGGACAUCCAAUUCUGGCAUUCGGACUGCCGCCACACCCAUCCUCCCCCAACCCACCUCAGCUAACAACCCCCCUGUCCAGCAGUCCCUGAUUGUGGGCUCCUCAGUGCCCCAAGGCACAGUGAUGCUGGUCCUCCCUCAGUCAUCCGUCUCUCAGGCCCCCCACUGCCCUCAGACUGUCAUGACCCUGGGCAACACCAAGCUACUACCUCUGGCCCCAGCCCCUGUGUACGUGUCAACAGGACCCAGCAGCAGCACCACAGCCACAAAGAUGGAUUUUUCCCGCAGGAGGAACUAUGUCUGCAACUUCCCAGGCUGCAGGAAGACAUACUUCAAGAGCUCACACCUCAAAGCUCAUCUUCGAACACACACAGGUGAGAAGCCCUUCAGCUGCAGCUGGGACGGGUGUGAUAAGAGGUUCGCCCGCUCUGACGAGCUCUCCCGUCACAGGCGUACGCACACUGGCGAGAAGAAGUUUGUGUGUCCCGUGUGUGACCGGCGGUUCAUGCGCAGCGAUCACCUGACCAAACACGCCCGCCGCCACAUGACCACAAAGAAAAUUCCUUCCUGGCAGGCUGACGUCAGGAGUUUGAACAAAAUGGCUGCUGGAAAAAUCCCUCCCUCAAAAUCUGGCAUUGCAACGCUAAGCAUGCUGGUACCUGUUGGCUCAAAGUAAACAAUGAACAACCUGCCACCCGACCCACUCCCAAGAUACCAGAGGGACACACAGGAAGCAGUCAAGCACAUGGGACUGCUGUUCUUUUGAAUCAUGGGAAUGAAAAAGAAAUCAUGCACUGGACUCUCUUCCUGCUCUACUGCUUAUUUGUACACAUAUUUUCUCUAAAAGAUUCUUUGUUUAUAUAAUUGAUGAUAUGUAUGCACUCUUGCCAAAGCCUUUGUAUGAAGUUUUGUCUUAUACAUUUCACCUUCUGCACCUCUCCUUUGUUUGUGUUGAUAUCCAUGUACGUGUAUGUGAAUGUGUUGUUUGUUGUACUAUGAAAUUAAUUUGUUAAUUUUUUUUUAUUUUUUUUGGGGGGGGGGGUUGAAAAGAAAUGUACAUAUGAAUAGUAAUCAUCAGUACCAUAAUUAUACCUUGAUUGUAUCUCCCUACCUUUUCAUAUUAUUUAAUACAUAUUUGUAAUAAAAACAAGGGUAAAUGAGUCGUGA